AGCAGUUUCCCCUCCCCCUCCUCCCCCCUCCCCCAGUGCGGGCGGCUCCAGCGCUGUCGCUAUCCGCGCCCUCCCCUGCGCGGGGCUCCGGCCACGCUGCUCUUGUCGCUGCCUCCGGCCGAGCGGGGGGAGGAGGCGGCGGCUCCGGCUCCCACUCCCGUCCGCAUCGCCGUCCGCGGGGCGGCUCGGUUUUGAAGACGAGCUGCUGCAUCAAUAAUCUGAGGAAGGGAGUUCUCCGUUAAGACCACAAGACCACGACUGGAGGCCAAGAACAGAGCGCAGCACUGGCUGUAGGUUUGCUGGCAUGGGUAAUCUCAUUAAGGUGCUAACCAGGGACAUAGACCACAAUGCAGCACAUUUUUUCUUGGAUUUUGAAAGUACCUUAACAUGGGGAACCUUCUAAAAGUUUUGACAUGCACAGACCUUGAGCAGGGGCCAAAUUUUUUCCUUGAUUUUGAAAAUGCCCAACCUACAGAAUCUGAAAAGGAAAUCUAUAAUCAGGUGAAUGUAGUUUUAAAGGAUGCAGAAGGAAUACUGGAAGACUUGCAGUCAUAUAGAGGAGCUGGCCAUGAAAUACGAGAGGCAAUACAGCAUCCCAGUGAUGAGAAGCUGCAAGAGAAAGCAUGGGGUGCAGUUGUUCCACUAGUAGGCAAACUAAAGAAAUUCUAUGAAUUUUCUCAAAGACUAGAGGCAGGAUUGCGAGGUCUGUUGGGAGCCCUGACGAGCACUCCAUAUUCACCAACGCAGCACCUGGAGCGAGAGCAGGCUCUUGCUAAGCAGUUUGCAGAAAUCCUUCACUUUACACUCCGAUUUGAUGAGCUCAAGAUGACAAAUCCUGCUAUACAGAAUGACUUCAGCUACUACAGAAGAACUCUGAGCCGUAUGAGGAUUAACAAUGUCCCAGCAGAGGGAGAAAAUGAAGUAAAUAAUGAGCUGGCAAACAGAAUGUCUUUAUUUUACGCUGAAGCAACGCCGAUGUUGAAAACUUUAAGUGAUGCUACAACAAAGUUUGUGUCAGAGAACAAAAAUUUACCUAUAGAGAAUACUACAGAUUGCUUAAGCACCAUGGCUAGUGUGUGCAGGGUCAUGCUGGAAACCCCUGAAUAUAGAAGCAGGUUUACAAAUGAAGAAACAGUAUCAUUCUGUCUGAGGGUAAUGGUGGGUGUCAUCAUACUCUAUGACCACGUGCAUCCGGUGGGCGCUUUUGCCAAAACUUCAAAAAUUGAUAUGAAAGGGUGCAUCAAAGUUCUUAAAGACCAGCCUCCUAACAGUGUAGAAGGCCUUCUAAAUGCUCUCAGGUACACAACAAAGCAUUUGAAUGAUGAGACUACCUCCAAGCAAAUUAAAUCCAUGUUGCAAUAACGAUUACCUGGAAUCUGCACCUGCUGUAGACAGUAUUCUGCAAUGACUGAGAUGCACAGAUUUUUUUUUUUAUAUAUAUAUAUUUUUUUUUUUUUAGUGAUUGCAACUACUAUCUCGUCCAUUCUUGCUUUUUACUUUCUCUCUUCCUGUUUAACCUUUUCUUUUCUUCUUUCCUUUUUUUUUUUUUUUUUUUUCUUUCUUAAAUCACUUUCUUGUUCUUAAGUAAGCUCAGACUUCUUUUCUGUGCCAAAUCAAUGAAAAUUAUCAGUUCUGGAAAGUGUUUCUCCUUUUCAGAAUAGCCAUCCUAAGUGGCAGCUAAUUAUGCGUUGCGUUUGGAUUUCUCUGUACCGGGGAAAGAUUUGUGACUUGAACUAAAUAUUUUUAAACUUGUGGGGUUGGUUU